AUGCGCUGGUACCGGACCAAAGCCCGAACCGACCAGGACCCCGGGACAGAGCACGGCAACGCCCCACGAGGAAACCAUAAUUCAAGUCUGUUGAAGGAGUUUCCAGAUGCCAAGGGCCUUCUGCACAAUACAAUCUCUCGUUCGUUGGGCAUCAGUGACACUUCCAGACUCGUCCAAUACAGCUGUACUGAACACGCGGGCACCAAGAGAGCGACAGUGACGGUGCUGUGGCCGUGCAAAAUGGAAGAGGAGGCUUUUGCUUCUAAAAGGAACGAUGCUGAGCGGGUCGCUGCAGCUGCUGUUUGCCAAAAGCUGAAAGACAUGGGAGUGAUCGGCCCAAACAAUCAACUCCCACAAAGAAGAGCGGGGAGCAGGGGUAGAGGAGGGCUGCAGUCUCAGUUGUUUGACAACGAAGACGGCCUCUAUGAAAAGAACAUUCACAUACCCAGAUCAAAUGGACCAAAACAUGCACCUAUCGAAGAAAAUCCACACGUUGCUGAAGCCGUUUCUCUCUUCCCACAAGCAAAGUCUCUCCUCACCAGGGUCAUCCAAGUGGCCACGUCCUCCAAUAGAAUCAGGGAGCUGAUCCAGUACAAAACAACGGGAGGAAAAGUAAAGAAGUGUACGCUAACAAUGCGCUGGCCUGAGGAAAUGACUCUCACGGCUACUGCGAAUGCUCGGUCCAGUGCAGAGAAGAGGGCGGCGGCUUUAGCGUGCUUAAAACUCAAGGAACUUAACUUGCUGGAUGACGACAACAAUCCCCUGACCCAUGCCAAGUACCACCGUGAGAUGGUGAAGGAGGCGGGAGUGAGGGAGAGGCAGCCGUUCCUACUGGAUAUACCUGAGUAUCUGGAGGACAGUAUUAGAUCGUACCUGUCAGAGUACCCAGUGGCAGCGGAGGUCCAGAAGGUGUGGGAGGAUGAGGAGCGGGCCGCGCAGCAGCAGCAGGAGGAGGAAGAAGAGGAUGAAGAGCCUGUGACAGACGCCAUCACGGGGAAGCCCUACAGAGCUCUGACGCCGCAGCAGGCGCAGCAGCUCAGCUCCUUCCUGCAGGAGGAGUGGGAGAACGUUCAGCCCGGCCUCAGCGUGGAGCUGCCCGUGGACGCGCACCGCCCCAGAGUGCUGUCCGCGGUGCAGUCCUCCAGGGUGGUGGUGAUCGCAGGGGAGACCGGAUGUGGGAAAACCACCAGGAUUCCACGCUUUCUGCUGGAAGAGCGGGUGAGGGGAGGAGAAGGGGCCACCUGCAACAUCCUGGUCACGCAGCCCAGACGCAUCAGCGCCGUGUCUGUCGCUCAUCGAGUGGCUCAGGAGAUGGGCCCAGCUCUCAAACGCUCUGUGGGAUACCAGGUGCGACUAGAGAGCCGGCCCCCAGAGAACAGCGGAGGGGCCCUGCUGUUCCUGACCGUGGGCGUCCUACUGAAGAAGCUCCAGUCCAACCCGUCCCUCAGAGGCAUCAGUCACGUGGUGGUGGACGAGGUGCACGAGAGGGACAUAAACACAGACCUGCUGCUGGCUCUGCUGCGCACGGGGCUGGAGGAGAACCCCGACCUCCGCGUGGUCCUCAUGAGCGCCACCGGGGACAACCACAGACUGUCCCAGUACUUUGGCGACUGCCCCAUCGUGAAAGUGCCCGGAUUCAUGCACCCAGUGACGGACCGCUUCCUGGAGGACGUGCUGAGGGAGAUGGGAAGACCACCGCCACGUAAGGACCGCGAGGAGAAUGCUGAGGUGCGAAGAGAUGAAACGGCACUAGAUUUGGAUUUGGUUGCUAAUGUCAUUGAGCAUGUGGACAAACGUGGAGAGCCAGGGGCAAUUCUGUGCUUCCUACCCGGUUGGCAAGACAUCAGAAUGGUACAAGAGAAGCUGGCUGCGAAGUCCCACUUUUCAUCCGGCAAACAGAUGAUUAUCCCCUUGCACUCCAGUUUAUCAGUGUCCGACCAGCAAACAGUGUUCCAGCACCCGCCUCCAGGCCAGAGGAAAAUAGUCCUAACUACAAACAUCGCGGAGACGUCCAUCACGAUAGACGACAUCGUGCAUGUGGUGGACACUGGGAUGCACAAAGAGCAGAAUUACGACCCAAGAACCAAGGUUUCUUGUCUGGACACAGUGUGGAUUUCCCGAUCAAACGUCACCCAGAGGAAGGGCAGAGCCGGUCGCUGUCAGCCGGGACACUCCUACCACUUGUUUUCACAGAAGCAACUGAAAUCUCUGACACCCUUUCCCAUUCCUGAGAUUCUUCGCACGCCGUUAGAGAAUUUAGUCCUGCAAGCCAAAAUUCACAGUCCUAGUAUCAAGGCUAUAGACUUUUUAGCACAAGUUCUUGACAGUCCUGAUAAGCAGGCAGUGAGAGAUGCUGUUCAGAGUCUACAAGACAUUGGAGUACUGGACAAAACAGAAGCCCUGACGCCUCUGGGGGAGCGUGUGGCGUACAUGUCAUGUGACCCGCGCUUGGGCAAAGUUCUGAUUCUGGGCGCGUUGUUCCGAUGCGUCCUCCCUCUGCUGUCUGUGGCUGCUUGUCUCACCAGGGACCCUUUCUACAACAGCCUACAGAACCGGGCCUUCGUCACCAAGGCUAAGGAGGCGCUGACCCAGUCCAAUCACAGUGACUACUUGGUGUUAAGUGAAGCAGUGUCGGGCUGGAGGAGGCUGCAGAGAGAAGGCGAUCGAGAGGAGAGGGACGAGUUUCUGGACCGGUACACUCUGUCCCGGACCAGUCUGCGCUACAUCAACGGGCUCAUUUCUCAGUUCAGUGACAAUCUGACCGAAGCAAAGUUGGUGUCUCGUUCGACUGAGUGCCAGCGACAAAGCUCCGUCUACAACGAGCACAGCGGCGAGGACGAGCUGCUGAAGGCGGUUCUACUGGCAGGACUCUACCCAAACCUCAUCCAGGUGAAAAAGGGUUUAGUAACCAAAGGCGGACGCUUUCGCCCGAACACUUUGGCUUUCAGGACCACAACAGGCCCCGUGCUGCUUCACCGCUCUACAGUCAACAGAGGAAAGGACCUUCCCUGUCGCUGGCUCACGUUCUUCAGCGCAGUCAAGUCCAGUGGUCAAGUUUUCAUCAGAGACUCUUCAGCCGUGCAUCCGCUGGCUCUGCUGCUGCUCACAGACUGUGACAUCAACGAGAGAGUGAGCGGAGGGCGGGUGCAGGUGCUGUUCCCGGGAAACCCUCUGGUGCGCUGCGAGAUGGCGGCCGAGAGCUGGGAGCUGCUCUGGGAACUGCGCACGUCGGUUCACACCAUGUUGUACAGAAACCUCAAGGAUCCCGGGAAUCUCACCAGCAACUCCACACAGGACGGCAAACUGCUGUCUCUGCUCGUGGAACUCCUCAACAACACGGACUCCAAUCCUUACUCUCAAAACAGUGACAGUGAGGUGGACUGA